UACAAUUUUAUUUCUGAUAAUUUUACAGUUUUAUAAUAAGUUUUUAAUAGUUUUAAAUUAUUAGUGCAAAAUGUCAAAAAGGAAGAGUGAUGAUAUGGAAAGUACAAACGUUUUGAGAAAAAGGAAAGACAUACCUUUCACAACCACAGAAUUUUUAAAUUCAAAAUUUAAAAUUGGUGAUAAAUCUGCGUAUGAGACAUUUUUAUUUACUUUUUUUACACUUUGACUACUUUUACUUCUUUUAUUUUUUGAUUAUACGCCUUUAACACUUUAUUUUUAUUUAAUAAACAAUUUUUAUUUUUUGAGGUUAUUACCAAAAUUUAAUUGUAUCUAAAAUCUACUUUUUUAUAUCGCAGAACGUUGGUAGCUUAUGUUGAAGAAGUCACUGACGUUAAAACUUACGUAAACAAAUCAACAAAUGCUGAAUUUAAGAUAAAAAAAUGUAUCUUGAAUAACACUGAUGGUUCUCUAAUUCAGUGUAAUAUGUUUAAUGAAAUUAUUGAUCUCUUUGAGACAAAAUUAAAAGUCGAUGAAAAAAUAUUAAUUCGUAAUGCUUCAGUUGUACCUGAAAAGAAGUUUACUAAGGGUAAUGUUCCUUUUGAAAUUAAUUUACAAACAUUUUCUACAAUCACAUCUUUUGGAGAAUUCAAGUGGAGAGAUUCUCCAAUUUUACAUAUUAAAUUUGAUGAAAUUCCAACAAAGAAAGGUCGCGUGAGACUUACAGGAUACAUCUACAAUGAAUUUGUUCUACAUAAUCAAAAUAACUCAAAUGAAUAUUUCGGAUCGAUUACGAAUAAAAAAAAUAAAUUGGAUAUUUUAUUAUUGAAAUCUAAAGAUGAAGAACUAAAUUUUAAAUUGGGAGUAGAAAUUGAAGUAGUUGGUGAUUUACAGGAAAAUGGAAACAGUUUCUUAUUAAAAGUACAUAACAAAAACCAAAUUAAAAUUAUUAAUGACGUUCCAUUAGAUCUUAUUGAUCUUUUAAAUGGUUCUGAAAUAUUUAUCAAUGAGGAUAUCAAUAAUCAAGAUAUACCGAAAAAUUAAUUAAAUACUAUUACGUCAUUCCUGCAAAUUGUAAAAAGAGAAAAAUGGAACAAAUUAGGACGUAUUUUUUUAUAUACAAUGAUUUUAUAUAUUAACGAAUUCACUGUAUAUUUUCUUGAAGUUAUCUAAAUUUUGUAAACAAAUAUUAUGCUAAUUAACAUGGCAUUUUGUACUGAAGUGGCUUCGUAUUUCAAGAUUUUAGACUCCCACGUAAUUGUCAUCACUUUUUACAAUAAAUUUACUGUUGUCAAAAAAUGAAUUAA